AUGGAAAUUCUUUCGUGGAAUUGUCGGGGUUUGGGGAGGAAACCGACAAUUUGCUCACUCAAUUACCUCUCUCGCAUGGAAGAGGCUGAAAUUAUUUUUCUAAUGGAAACAAAAUGCCAAAGUGCUAGAAUUGAAGGAAUCCGAAGAAAGCUAAAACUGCAGUCUUGCUUUAACGUGGACUCUAAAGGAGCUUCAGGGGGUUUGGCGCUUCUUUGGAAGGCUAACAUCAAUAUUUGGGUUCUGGCUUCGGGUCCUCACUUCAUUGACUCGAAGGUUUCCUUGGACAAUGGAUCCUUUUUUUACAUGACUGCAGUUUAUGGUUCCCCGAUCAAGGAGAAAAGACAACAGGUUUGGGAGGAUAUUAUUGCUCUCAGUAUGGGGAGAAAUGAGGAUUGGAUUUGUUAUGGCGAUUUCAAUUCUUUUUUAUCUUGGCAUGAAAAGGAAGGUGGUGAUAGAUCUGGGAAGGGGGACAUAGCCAUUUUCAGGCACAUGGUGGACACUUGUGAGCUGUUGGAGCUGGAAUCCCAUGGCCCGGCCUUUACAUGGAAUAAUAAGCGGAAGGGAGCUGCGAAUAUAAGAAUUAAGCUUGAUAGAGCCUUCUCGAAUCUGGCUUGGAGGAGAACCUAUAGUGAAGCUGUUGUGUUUGUCAAAGCUACCGUGAACUCUGAUCAUGCUCCACUGAUCAUCGAUACUGAGGGGGGGAAAGCCAAAGGGGUUCGGCCCUUCAGCUUCGAGUCCAUGUGGUUUCGCCACCCUGACUGUAAGCCAAUAGCCAUAAAGGCCUAG